GGCCGUGAGGAGCGGCGCGUCGCGAUGAGGCGGAGCGAGGCUCUGGCGUCCGAGUCCGUGCUGUGCCUGACCCGCGCGCUGGCCACGCUGCGCGGCAUCUGGGAGGAGAUCGGCAUCCCCGAGGAGCAGCGCCUGGAGCGCACCAACGUGGUCCGGAAGCAUGUGCAGGAGCUCCUGGACCUCAUGGUCAAGGAGGAGGAGGGCCUGAAGGAGCGUCUCCUGAACAGCAUUGCCAUGCAUCGCAAGGAUGUGGACACCCUCUGCCGGGAGCUCCAGCUGGACCCCCUCCAGGCAGAGGAGGAAAGCACCCUCCUGCAGCAGGAGAAGUGCCUGCGCACCCACGCAGAAGCUCUGCUCAAGGAGAAGGAGGACAGGAGGCGGGAGCUGAAUGCCCUGCAAGAACAAGACCGAGACUUGUGCGAUACUCUCUGCACGACUCCGUUCUGUAUUGACAGCAACGCCGUGCCCAGCCUGGAGGAGCUGGACUGCUACAGGAACCACUUGGCCUCCCUGACCGCUGAGAAGGAGCGAAGGCGAGAAGCAUUUGUCAACACCAAGCGUCAAAUCAUCCUGUGCAUGGAGGAGCUGGACCACACUCCCGACACGAGCUUUGAGCAGGACGUGGUGUGCAAGGACGAGGCCGCCUUCUGCCUGUCCACAGACAACAUCGCUGCCCUGCGAGACCUGCUGCAGCAGCUGGAAGGCCAGAGAUCCCUGAAUGAAGCCCUGUGUGUGGAACUGCGCUCCAGAGUCCUUGUGCUGUGGGAAAGGCUGCAGGUUCCUGCAGAGGAGAGAGAAGCUUUUGCAGUGCACAUGACUGGAUCCAGAGCCAAAACCAGGAGAGCUCUGCAGCUGGAAGUGGAUCGUCUAGAGGAGCUGAAGCUGCAGAACGUGAAGGAGGUGAUUCAGGCAACCAGAGCGGAGCUGACUGACUACUGGGACAAGUGCUUCUAUAGCCAGGGGCAGAGAGAUGCCUUCCAGCCCUACUACGAUGAGGACUACACAGAGACCCUGCUCCAGCUCCACGACGCUGAGGUGAUGAAGGUGAAGCGCUACUACGAGACGCACAAGGAUCUCUUUGAAGCUGUCCAAAAAUGGGAGGAGAACUGGCGGCAGUUUCUGGAGCUGGAGAGGAAAACAACCGACCCCAGUCGCUUUGCCAACCGUGGUGGGGCACUGCUGAAAGAAGAGAAGCAGCGAGCGAAGCUGCAGAAGUCUCUUGCCAAGUUGCAGGAAGAGCUGGAGAGCAGGAUUCAAGCCUGGGAGCAGGAGCGUGAGGAGGCCUUCCUGGUGAAGGGGCAACGGUUCAUGGAGUAUGUGACAGAGCAGUGGCAGCUGUAUCACCUGGAGAAAGAGAAGGAGAAGCAGGAGAGGCACCUGAAGAAGAGCCGCCAGACAGAGGCCGAGAUGCUGUACGGGAGCACCCCACGGACGCCCAUCAAGCGUCGGGUACUUGGCCCCCACCCACCUGGCAAAGUAAGGAAGCUCAAUGGCACUUCCAUCUCCAGCCCCGCACCCAACAGCACGGCCCGCUCGGCUCUGGGGGGGACGCUCUAUCACUCACCUACGUCUUGGCUGCCGCCGUCUGCAGGGAAGGCUGCUCGGACCCCCAGCCGCGUGACUACAAAACCUCCUCGGCCAGGGCACAAGGAGCAGAACAAGGAGAACGUGUUGCAGAGGAACGGGACCACCCUGAGCGGUGGGUGCACCCCCAGAGCCCCUGCCCAGAAAACCAACAGCAUUAAUUCUGUUGCCAGCACCUAUUCYGAAUUUGCGCGCGAACUUUCAAAGGCUUCCAGGUGUGACACCAGCUCCCGCGUCCUCAACUCCACCACCACCAACACGUACUGCUGAGGCGGCGCCGCUGCAGCCGCCUCCAGGCGUCGUGAGUUGCUCCGCUGCCCCAGUGCAAUAGCCCGAGUCCGCCCUGGCCCGCGAGCACAGUGCUGCAGCUUUAACUUUUAACUAGGUCCCAGGUGGAGCUGCCGCCCAGGAGGGGAAAGGAAGGGGAUGCUCUUUUAUAAAUGAUUUUAUUUGGGGAAAUUCUUGGAGGCAUGUGAGAUUAAAGUUUUGAGUACACGCUCUCAGGGGUGUAGCAGAGCAGUGGGCAGGGGCUUGUGCAGUGCCCUGCAGCUGCUGCUYGCUCGGAGGCUCUGCUCUUCCGCACGUGCUCUGGGACGGACGGCACCGAGGCAGAGGCGCCUGGGCCUCCUCCCUGCCGCCUUUGCUCCGURUUUCUGUAGUUGUGUUCCUGCUCCUCCAGGGCCUGGGGGGCUGCUUUGUCGCAGGGACCAGGGCCUAGCUUGGGUUUUUAGCAGGUGUUACUGUCCCCAGGGUGUUACAGCUGCCAGAGGUGGGAUUUGGGCCUCAGUGUCCUYUGGCUUCUCCUUGCCCUCCCCACCUCUGAGCCUGGACCCUUGGGGCCCAGCGGCGCCGUCCUGCAAAGCCACCCUGGGGUGCUGCGGGAGCAGGGUCCUGGAUGUGGGGGGUGCCCCAUGGCUCCCUGCCCCGAGCAGGGCUGGGGGUUCCAGGGGUGCUGCAUCUUUCCCUGCCCUGGAGCA